AAAUUGACAAAUAUUAAUUAUCAUGCUAAAGGAGGAUUUAGUGAAAUUCAUAAAGCUAUCUGGUUAGAUGGUCCUAUUUUUAGUUGGAAUUUUGACAAACAACAAUGGAAUAGACAAUUAGGUUAUGAGGUUAUUCUUAAAACACUUAAUAAUUCAUCAAGUUUAAAUAGUAAAUUUCUGGAUGAGUGGAAAUAUCAUUAUAAUUGUCAGAAAAAAUCAUUUUCAAAAUUUAUUCAAUUUUUUGGAUGUACCCAAAAUCCAAAUAAUUUAAAUUAUAUAAUAGUAAUGAGUUAUGCAAAAAAAGGAAGUUUAAGAAAAUGUUUAUAUGAUAUAAUUAAAUUUAAAUGGCAAGAAAAGUUACAAUUAUUGAGAAAAAUUGUAUUAGGGCUCAAAGUAAUUCAUGAAUCAAAUUUAACUCAUGGUGAUUUUCAUGAUGGUAAUAUUUUAAUAUCAGAUAAUUACAAUGAGUUAUUUAUUAUUGAUUUAGGAUUAUGUAAACCUAUAAAUAAUUUACAAGAUUCUGACAAUAAAAUUAAAGAAAUUUAUGGAGUUUUACCUUAUAUGGCACCUGAAACAUUAAGACAAAAACCCUAUACACCAGCAAGUGAUAUUUACAGUUUUUCAAUGAUAAUGUGGGAAUUUACAUCAGGUAUUCCUCCAUUUAAUCAUGUAGCACAUGAUCAUCACCUUAUUUUGAGUGUCUGUGAAGGGAAACGCCCUGAAAUUGUUGAAAAUACUCCAAAAUGUUAUAUAGAUUUAAUGAAAAAAUGUUGGGAUUCAGAUCCUUCCAAUAGACCAACCAUAACAAUGCUUGAAGAUAUUAUAUCUGAGUGGAUUAGAUGUAUUAAUGAAUAUUAUAGAAUAAACAGGGAUGGAAAUUAUAAAUUUGANACCAACCAUAACAAUGCUUGA